CUUGUCUCCCUCGCGCGUCGCCCUCGCAGUGCAUCCGUCGCCGCCAAUCCGAGCGGAUCAGAGCAAAUCCCGAGCGGAUUUCGUGAGGUGGGAGUGGAGGUGUGGUAGGAGAAGUGCCAUGGACCCGUGCCCGUUCGUGCGGGUGUUGGUCGGCAACCUCGCGCUCAGAAUGCCGGUGGCGCCGCCGGCGCCGCCGUCGGCCGGCGCCGGCUCGGGCGUCCACCCGUCGACGUCGCCGUGCUACUGCAAGAUCCGGCUCGGGAAGAUGCUGGUCCAGAACGUUCCAGCGCCGCUCGUGCUCCUCUCCGAUAGCGGCGAGCAGACGCCGGCGUCUGGCGCCCUGGCCGCGGCGUUUCAUCUGUCGAAGGCUGACUUGGAGUGCUUCAACGGGAAGCCAUCGCUCUUCUCGUCGCGAGGGGAGGCGAGUCUGAAGGUGGCGGUCUACGCCGGCCGGAAGGGGAGUACCUGUGGUGUCAGCUCCGGGCGGCUGCUGGGAAAGGCUACCAUCCCGCUCGACCUCAAGGACGCGGUGGUUAAGCCCUCGGUGCUGCGCAGCGGCUGGAUCUCGAUCGGGAAGCGCGCGGGCAAGGGCUCCCCUGCGGCCGCGGAUCUCAGCCUCACCGUCCACGCCGAGCCCGACCCGCGAUUUGUGUUCGAGUUCGACGGCGAGCCGGAGUGCAGCCCGCAGGUGCUGCAGGUGCGGGGCAGCAUGAAGCAGCCGAUGUUCACCUGCAAGUUCGGAUGCCGCAGCAAUAGCGACUUGCGGAGGCCUGGGAUGCAGCCGGAGCGCGAGGCGGCGGGGAAAGAGCGGAAGGGGUGGUCGGUGACGGUGCACGACCUGUCGGGCUCCCCCGUGGCGAUGGCGUCCAUGGUCACGCCGUUCGUGCCCUCGCCUGGGACGGACCGCGUGAGGCGUUCCAACCCGGGCGCGUGGCUCAUCCUCCGCCCCACCGGUGACGGCGCGUGGGAGCCCUGGGCCCGCCUCGAGUGCUGGCGCGAACGCGGUGGCGCCGGCGCGUCCGACAGCCUGGGCUACCACUUCGAUCUCCUCGUCCCUGGCGUGGACCACGCCGUCACCCUGGCAGAGUCUUCCAUCCCGGCAUCCAAGGGCGGCAAGUUCGCCAUCGACCUCACCGCCGCCCAGCCCCUCAGCCGGGGCGGCACGCCGGGGUGCAGCCCGAGGGGCAGCGGCGACUUCACCAACUGGCCGCUGGGCAACUACCGCGGGUUCGUCAUGUCCGCGGCGGUCCAAGGCGAGGGCCGGUGCAGCAAGCCGACGGUGGAGGUCGGGGUGUCGCAUAUCGGGUGCGCGGAGGACGCGGCGGCGUUCGUUGCUCUAGCAGCAGCCGUGGACCUGAGCAUGGACGCGUGCAGGCUCUUCUCGCACCGGCUCAGGAAGGAGCUCUCGCACCUGCAGUCCGACCUGUUCCGGUGACCCGGCCCGACGACCGGCGGCCUCCGCGAGUCACGAGCAAAUUGUACAGAAGUAGUUUGGCAGAUGUGUGCGUUAGUGCUAGUUUGUUGGAGUAGUUCGUCGAUUCCGGUGAUCGAUUAGUUGAUCAAGAUCACCUUUUUUUGUGAGCUCGAGUGUGGUGUGGUGAUUUUUUGGUUGGUUCCUUCGCUUUAGCCAUGUAGGGUGUCCUCUUUUUUGGAUCUUUAUAAUCGAGAGCAAUUUGUGAUCUAGAAAUGUGCUUUCA